UAGCAGCUUAUUAACAUAUAUGGGCGGAGCGCUCGGAAGGCUGACGGAAAUGCUCGUUGUUGUUGCGGAAGUGAAAAGGGAAAGGCUGCGAUGGCGGCUGUGACUCAAGCUGAGACGUUACCCGUGGACCGCGCGGAGGAGGAGGAGCCUCUCAAGGCGACCGAGGAGCUGGCAGCCCAGAAGCGCGAACAGAGACUGCGCAAAUUCCGGGAGCUGCAUCUCAAGCGGAAUGAAGCUCGCAAAUUAAAUCAUCAGGAAGUGGUGGAAGAAGAUAAAAGGCUUAAGUUACCUGCAAAUUGGGAAGCCAAAAAAGCCCGUUUGGAAUGGGAAUUGCGGGAAGAAGAAAAGAAGAAGGAAUGUGCAGCAAAAGGCGAAGACUAUGAGAAAGUGAAGCUGUUGGAGAUUAGUGCAGAAGAUGCGGAAAGGUGGGAGAGGAAGAAGAAGAGGAAGAACCCCGAUCUGGGAUUUUCAGAUUAUGCUGCUGCCCAGUUACGUCAGUAUCAUCGGUUGACCAAACAGAUAAAACCUGACAUGGAAACGUAUGAGAGAAUGAGAGAUAAACAUGGAGAAGAGUUUUUCCCGACGUCCAAUAGUCUUAUUCAUGGAACACAUGUGCCUUCCACAGAGGAAAUCGAUAGGAUGGUCGUAGAUCUGGAAAAACAAAUUGAAAAACGAGACAAAUAUAGCCGCAGACGCCCUUAUAAUGACGAUGCAGAUAUUGACUACAUUAAUGAAAGGAAUGCCAAAUUCAAUAAGAAGGCAGAGAGAUUCUAUGGGAAAUACACAGCUGAAAUUAAACAAAACUUGGAAAGAGGAACAGCUGUCUAAUCUCCUUCAGAAACUAUUUUUAGAAGCUUGGGAAUGGAGUGGAACGUUCUACUAACAAACUGGUUUUCUUCAAAAUUCUACCAGUCAACCAGGACUCAACCUAUGCCUUCCCACUCAGCAUUUAGAAAUAAAUGUUUUUUCUUAAACGUAUCCUUCCAUGUAUAUUUCCACAUUUUUGUGCUUGGAUAUAAGAUGUAUUUCUUGUAGUGCACUUGUUUUGUAAAAAUCUACUUUGUAUAAAUUCUAAUUACAUUA